AUGUCACGACACCAAUCUUUCCCACUAGAUUAUGAUUCCCCACCCAAGCAUCUCACAGUACAUUCAUAUCACUCGAAAUAUCAAACCAUCAAUACUUUGGGUAAUGGGAGUUUUGGGACUGUUGAUUUGGCAAAAAUCAAGUUCUUCAAAUUUGAUCUAUUGAAUCUGCACAAAAAUAAACUGGGUACUUUAUUAUGCCCAUUGGAAGAUUCCAAAUGUAACACGUCAAAUCUAGUUGCCAUAAAAACAAUGAAAAAGAAAUUACCAUUAUUACAAGAAUACUCCAAUGUAAAAGAGGUCAAAUUCAUUUUGUCUGUACCUUCUCAUCCAUGCUUAGUUCAAAUAUAUGAAAUGUUUAUCGAUGAUAUCCAGUAUCAGCUACAUAUUUCUAUGGAAGCGUUAAACCAAAACUUGUACCAAUUAAUUAGAAGUAGGAGAAAUAUUAAGUUUUCACCUGUGACUUUAAAAAGCAUUUUAAGUCAAUUGCUUUGUGCUAUCAGACAUAUUCACAAAUGCAACUAUUUCCAUCGUGAUGUGAAACCAGAAAAUAUAUUGGUUAUUCCAACAUUGCAUUUUUACGGCUCUAAGGCUGCAAUUCCUCCUUACCGUAAAAAUGACAAUUUUAUAAUCAAGUUGGGCGAUUAUGGAUUAGCACGUCACGUUUCAAAUAUCAAGCCCUACACGGCUUAUGUAUCAACAAGAUGGUACCGCUCACCGGAAAUCUUACUUAGACAGAAAUGGUAUUCUCGUCCCAUUGAUAUUUGGGCGUUUGGAGCAGUAGCAGUUGAGACCGCCAAUUUUGUUCCUUUAUUCCCUGGAUCUAAUGAAUUGGAUCAGAUUUGGAAAAUCUUGAAAAUUCUAGGAACUCCAUUUGUUCCGGAACCCAAAUCAAUCAAUUCUAGCUAUAUAGUUCCGUUGGGUGGGUAUUGGACCGAAGCAUUGUUUUUGACAAACAAAUUAGGCAUAAAGUUACCUGAUGAGACAGGUACGACUAUUGAAGAAAUUGUUCAGCACCCUGAUUCAUUAGCUUUAAUCGAGGUCAUUCAAAGCUGCUUGAAAUGGGAUCCUCUGGCUCGAGCAGAUGCCACUGAAAUUGCAAAAAUGCAGUAUUUCAAGGAAUCAAUAGCUAUGAUGGAUACAUAUUUUGAAACUGAUACGGUCACAAUGAACACAGCUUUAAACAAGUUAGCAGGGAUUCCCAAUUCACCAUCAAGAAAACUACUUACACCAUUAAAGCUACAAAAAAAUAGUACUGGCAUAUGUAAUACCACUGGCAGUGUUCCAGUUUUCCAAGAUUCGGAUGAUGGAUACGAAAACUAUUUUGGCGAAUAUAUUGCUAAACAGCCGGAAAGAAAUAGCUCUGGUAACGAGAGCUAUAAGCUUUUUGCACAACCAUGGUUGCUAAAGGUAAAUGAGGUUCUUGGCACAAGAGAAUCAGAAAUGGAACCCAGAAGAGCUGGAAAUGGAACAAGCGAUUUAAAGAAAAAACAGAGCAAAGCUGCUGGAACCAAAAGAUCCUUCACAACUUUUUCUUUAGACAGCGAGGAGGUUGUGAAUUUAUGA